UGAAAGGUCUUAUAGCCCACUAAUUCCUAUCGGUAAUGCCUAGAAUGUAUGGGCUCUGGAGAGCUUUCGGUCACGUAAGGAGAUUCCUACAAUAUAGGAUCUGCUCAGUGGAUAUCUCCUGUAUAAGAUCAUUCUUCUGUUUGAACCAUCAAGGAUGGAUAGGGACAGAGACAAGAUGGCAGAGAGUAUAAUAAAUCUCACCCUAGAGAUCCUCCUCCGGCUUACUGGAGAGGAAUACACAGUAGUGAAGAAGACUUCUAGUGAGCAUUGUCAGGACCCUGUGUUUGAAGGAUGGAGAAGAACCCUGAGAACAAUCUCUGGUCCGACACCUCACAUCCUGAUACAUGAGAAAGUCCAUAGAGAGAAGAUCCUUGAACUCACCAACAAGAUCAUUGAGCGGCUGACUGGAGAGGUUCCUAUAAGGUGUCAGGAUGUCGCCAUCUAUUUCUCCAUGGAGGAGAGGGAGUAUUUAGAAGGACACAAAGAUCUGUACAAGAGCGUCAUGAUUAUGGAGGAUCACCAGCCCCUCACAUCAUCAGUUAAAGAAGAGAGAACAACACCGGAGAGAUGUCCCAGUCCUCUUCUUCCACAGGAUGAUUCAGAAGAACACCACAAUGUCCCACUGAAUGAUCAGCUUUUGAACAAUAUUAAGGCUGAAGAUACAUAUAUGAGUGGUGAUGAGCAGAUCAUAGAGGACAUUCCCACAGAUAACCACCCAGGUGAGUAGUAACCACUACAUAAAGCAGAGAAGACUCACAGAUUCUGCUCCUUCACUGGCUACUGAUGACUCAUUGUAUAGUCAGGUAGUGGUGG